UUGCGCAUAGUCGCGGUUUUUGGGACUUGUGUUAUGUUUUUUAUUUCCAUUUUUUAGUCAUUUAGUAUUGUAUAUAGACUGUACUGAACUACCGACUGACUGACAACUGUAGUAACAUUUAGCCAUGCUCUGCGGUUUCACGUGGUCCAUUCAACUGUCGGCUAUCAAUCAAUAAUUAAUUUUUAUCCAGUCCACUACGUGAACAAUAAUCAUGAAACUGUUGACGCACAAUUUGCUGUCGUCCAAGAGUUUGAAAGGAGUUAAAGUAGGAUAUCCACUUCGUAUUGUCGCGAAAGACGUCAAGAUAUCAGAAUCUGAAUUCAAUAAGGAGUUUGUGAAGAAAAUCAUACCAAAACUUGAUUGGAAAGUUUUUGUUAACGCCGCUGAGCAAAUUGGCCAUGCCAAUGACCUGUCUGAUGAAUUAAUCGAUGACUAUGAAGAUGAUGAAGAAUAUCUUAAGAAAGUACACCAUUUACUCAUGGAAGUAGAAAUAAUAAAUGGCGAACUUAUAUGUCCAGAAACAGAACGAGUAUUUCCAAUAUCAUCUGGUAUACCUAACUUAUUGUUAAAUGAAAAUGAAGUAUCAUAAAUUCUUUAUACAUUUACUUUGUGCAUGUUAUAAUCAUACAUAUAUAUGAUUU